UUUUCUCUCUCUUCACAGUCUUCUCUCUCACCUUCAUCUCUUCCUUCCACAUCCAUCAGACGAUCGGAAGGAUAAUAAAGGUAGAGGGUGAGGAGAUGAAAAUGGGAGGAGACAGGGGGAAGGAGGUGGUGGAGAUCCAUGACGAUGAAGAAAGUAGGGUGGGGAUAAAUCAACCAACGGAGAAUAAGAGACCGCAACCAACAUUUGACCUCAACGAGGAAGUGGCAGAAAAUGGGAGAGGAGAGAAGGAAGAGAACGGUCUUGAAAAUGGGGAGAGAACCACAGAGACCGAGGGCGGUCGGACCUCCAGUGAUAGCAGCAGCACGAAUAACAACUGCAGCAAGAACGACGGCGGCAACGCAAUCGAGGGGAGCGAGGAGUGGACGACCACCGUGAGGAAGUACCGUAGAUCCAAAAUGCCAAGGCUGCGGUGGACUCCUGAUCUCCACUUUGCCUUUUUGAACGCUGUUGAGAGAUUAGGUGGUCAAGAAAGAGCAACUCCAAAGUUGGUUCUUCAGACGAUGAAUGUGAGGGGGCUGAGUAUUGCUCAUGUAAAGAGUCACUUGCAGAUGUACCGAAGCAAAAAGCUAGAUAAUUCGAAGCGAGGAAGGAACGUCUUCCCCUCAUCAGUGAUAUCAUUGGCGGAUGCUAAUCGGCCAAGAGACCACAUUUCCAAUUUAUUUUACCAAAGAAUCUUUUCAAGUCAGCCCCUCAGAAUGGAGAGUGGAGGCCCCUUCUCCCAGAGGAAUGAUCUGGAGGAAUACAGGUGCUGCCAUCUUUUGCAACGAUCACAGGCCCAACAGAGUAAUGAUCUCAAGAACUUCAAUUCUGGGCACCAAGACUGGGCUUUUAACCAGCAAAUGACAUCAAGAAUUAAUCCAAUUCAUGAUCAAGGACAGGCGAGAGGUUUGCUUCAUGAUCUAAACUUGCGGAAAGAUGGGCAGCCGUCAACAUCCCAUUUAUUUGAUGUGAGGGAUGCAAUCACUGGAAAUUUGAAUGCCAGAGCUACACACCAAUUUCUUUGGGAGAGAAGGUGGCGUUCAAGCGAUAUGGCUAUGAGUCAAGGAACAAACACAAGGGGCGUCAUUGGAAGCUACGAUUGCAUCGGCAGGAACUCCAGGCUUGUUCCCAGCAAUUCUACUUUAAAGCGGAAUACCAGCAGCACCUCCUUUGUCGACUACUGUGAGAGCAAAACUAAUCAAAUUGAGCCUAACUCGCGUGAACCUACAGUCAUCAGUGAUAGCAUCAAGCCUCAUUUUGAGACCCCACAUUGGCUUAAGUUACAGAAGAAUCCAGCUUAUCAGUCUAAAUUCAAAUUUGAAGACAUAAUUGAAAAAAGUGAGACUCCAACUGCUGACAUGAAGAAAUUGAUUGUAGCAAGAGAGAGAGAUUGGACCCCCAACUUGCAGCUAAGCUUGAAUAAUUCACACGAUGGAGCCGGUGGCAGAAAGGGUCUUGAGGCUGGAAAGGUGGAUAACUUUCUCUCACUGUCCCUCGCUCAUCCAAUGUCUGAGAACCAGGUAGAGUCCUUCAAGGUGGAAAAAGAUGCUGCAAAAACCGAAAUCCAGUUCUUCCCAACAGAAAGCAGCAAGUAGGGUGCUCGGCCGUGCGGGGGAGAGUACUUAAGAUCUGACCAUGCUGAUCAGGGCAUUGGAGUGAGAUCUUUCAAGUACUCAUCUCAGAGCCUUUAGAGUAGCAUAUAGUACUCUGCUCAUGAAUAAAGAUUUAGCCCAACGACUCCUUUCGUACCUCUUGUGCCAUAAUGAUUAGUAGCCUAGUCUUACACCGGAGUAUUACUAUAAUAAUAUGUUAACAAGUUUUU